UCUGAUGGGAAACACAGACAUGGACUCUUCAUCUCUUAGAGUCUUCCUCCUCAUCCUCACUCUGUACCCUGCAGAUGGAUUUAUACAUUACAUAUUGAAUCGUUGUCUGUUUAACUCCUCUGAUCUGAAAGACAUCGAGAACAUUUACUCCUACUAUUACAACAAAGAAGAGUUCCUCAGGUUCAGCAGCAGUUCGGGGAAAUUUGUUGGAUACACGGAGAUCGGAGUGAAGACAGCAGAACUCGCCAACAAUGAUCCUGAAAAAAUGAGCCGCAGGAGAGCAGAGAAGGAGACCUUCUGCAAACCCAACAUUGAUAAUGACUACUCAACUAUCCUGACUAAAUCCGUCCAACCCAGAGUCAGAGUCCAGUCUCUGGAGCCCUCUGGUGGUAACCAUCCCGCCAUGCUGAUCUGCAGCGUCUAUGACUUUUACCCCAAGAAAAUCAAGGUCAGCUGGCUCCAAGACCAGGAGGAGGUCUCCUCUGACGUCACCUCCACCGCUGAAAUGGAGGACGGGGAUUGGUUCUACCAAAUCCACUCCUACCUGGAGUACACGCCCAGGUCUGGAGGGAAAAUCUCCUGCAGGGUAGAACACAUCAGCUUAAAGGAUCCUCUCAUCACUGACUGGGACCCGUCCAUGCCAGAGUCAGAGAAGAACAAAAUCGCCAUCGGAGCUUCAGGACUGAUUCUGGGUUUGGUCUUGUCUCUGGCUGGAUUCGUCUACUACAAGAGGAAGACCAGAGGUCGUAUUCUGGUUCCCAGCAGCUGAGGCUGCAGUGCUUCUGUUUCUGCAGACAGACGUUCUGAUCUGAUCUGUUACCCCCCCCAGUACAUGAAGGAGCUACUGCAGGUCCUUCCUCCCCGCAGCCAUCAGACUGUACAACACGGUGCUAAAGUGACACACUACGAAUCCACGGGUGCUUUUUUAGUUCACUCAUUUAUUUAAUUUACUUAUUUACAAACUGUUGCAGUCGUUGUUUUUCAGUUGUUGUUUUUUGGUCUUCAAUGGUUGUUUGUGCUGCGUAUUUUUACUUAUGUAUUUUUGUUUGAAUUUAAUUUACUUCAUCGUGAAAACAAGCAGUUUUUACGGAUGUUCCUCUGUCUUAUUUUCUCUGUAACUGCCACUUAUUUUUGCUAUUUGUAUUUCUGGAUGUCUUUUUUGCUCCUGGAGAGAAGAGAAUUUCCCCAUUGUGGGAUAAAUAAAGUUUAUCUGUUCUAUUCUAUUCUA